CAAAAAAAGAAUAAAAAGAAAAAAUGUCUAUAUUAUACAAAAUAAAUUCAAUGUUCAGCAGAACCGUUAAUAUGGUCUUGGCCCAAUUGCGAGAUCUCCUCUUUCUGCCUCUUGACAUAUUAGUUUUGGUUACAACAAUUCUCUUGCUGAAGCUGGCCGAACAGACUCUCGUCUUCUACAUCCAUCUGUAUAACGGAAUAUGCACUGCGCUGCGAGACUCAGAACAAACUGUGCAAAGUCUUUGGAGCUGGGCCAUACAACUCUCUAUAAGGCUGUUAGAAGACUUACUGCUCGUAGUGAGAGCAGAAUACGGAUUUUUAUGUUCUUCAUCGCAUUUGCUAUCCAUUAAACCGUUCAGCUGUAUUUUAGUGCAAUAAAAAAACAAUA